GGCGGCCCCGUGUGGCAGGAGGAGAGCGAAACACGACACCCCGCCAGAGGAAAAGGAGGGAGGGAGAGUUCAGAGAGAGAGAGAGAGAGAGAGAGAGAGAACGAAGUGAGUGAGUGAGUGGAAAAAGAAAAAGUCUGAGCCGGAGAAAGAGAGAGGGGCAGAGAAAGAACAGAGUUGCCUCUUUUUUUAAAUUUGGUGUGUGUGUGUGUGUUCCUCUGUUUUGACUGUCGGUGAGGAGGAUGAUGAUGAUGAUGAUGAUGAUGGUGGUGGUGGUGAUGUUGAGGAUGAUGAUGUGGAGGAGGAAUCGACCAUGCGACAUCGUUGCAACAAGCGGGAUGAACAUUUAGACCCGUCGCAUUCCGUUGCUCCAGCACUUACCGACCAACAGGCUGCACGACUCCUCCAACAAAAAAAAAAAAAAAAAAAAAAACUUCGACCUGCGCCAUUCAGACCCGGGCGACUGGAUUUCCUUCCCCCCUUCCGUCCGUCCUCUCUCUUCUCCAACGAGGCUCGGGGCAACUUUUACGCACCAGAAGCUUUAAAGAACAAUAUUCCCGGGGCACAAAAGUUGUUUUUUUAUUUUUUAUUACUAAAAGCAAACGCCGAUGUGUCGAGAUAAAAACACAGAAACACGCGUGAAGUUACCGGAGUUUUUUGUUUUUUUUUAUAAAAAGCUCCUAAUCGGGUUUUCUUCUUCUUCUUCUUCUUCUUCUUGUCUACCGAGAACAACACCGGAGGAAGGAGUGGGGUGUCACUGCUAACUUCAGCUAGCUUGGGCUAAAGGCUACAGCUAACUCUUUAAAAAAAAAAAAGUCGAAAGUCUGAAAGUUAACCAGUCGACGAAGGGUUGUUGUGUGUGUGGGGGGGGGGAGUGACUGAAGGAGCACACCGAAUACGACAACAAAGAUGAAAACCUCCGGAGACUCGGGGUUUGCCUUCCCGGAUUGGGCCUACAAGCCUGAGUCAAGCCCGGGCUCCAGACAGAUCCAGCUGUGGCACUUCAUCCUGGAGCUGCUGAGGAAAGAGGAGUACCACGACGUCAUCGCCUGGCAGGGAGACUAUGGAGAGUUUGUCAUCAAGGACCCAGACGAGGUGGCCCGCUUGUGGGGAGCCAGAAAGUGUAAACCGCAGAUGAACUACGACAAGCUCAGCCGAGCACUAAGAUACUACUACAACAAGAGGAUCCUCCACAAGACCAAAGGGAAGAGGUUCACCUACAAGUUCAACUUCAACAAACUAGUGCUGGUCAACUACCCCUUCAUUGACAUGGGCUCUGGUCGAGGAGUCCCUCAGAGUGCCCCUCCAGUGCCAACCGGAGGCACCCAUUUCCGUUUCCCUCCCUCAACACCGUCAGAUGUCCUCUCAUCCAGCGAGGAGCUGCGCAGCCCAGGCAUGUUCAGCAGUGUGGCUCGCCGCAUGGCCCGUGGCUCUGUGAGCGACUGCAGCGACGGCACCUCCACCAACUCGGAGCUGGAGGAGGCUGUGGGGGCCGAUGAGCGAGGCGUGGGGCCUGAUAGGGCUUUCAGGGGCCUGCUUCCUCCUCGCCUGCCUCAUGAUUCUCUCUUCAGGGUCUUCGGCGGGGGCCCGAACCCAGCAGGGCUCCCCAGACCUGCCCCCAGAGUCCACCCAGACUCUCUGUCUCCAUUCCCGGUCUCCCCCUGCCUGGACCCGGGGGGUCUUCUGCCCCCAACUCUGUCCCCAGCCCUGUCCAUGACCCCUACCCCCCACCUGUCCUACACCCCCUCCCCCUCCUUGUCCUCUCCCAUGAUGGGCUCCCACUUCUCCUUCAACCCGGAGGACAUGAAGCACUACCUGCAGGCCCACACCCAGUCCGUCUACAACUACCACCUCAGUCCCCGAGCCUUCCUCCACUACCCCAACAUCAUCAUCCCUCAGCCCCAUCGCCCCACCCUGGAGAAGCCGGCCACCCAUCACCUCCACGCUCCGCCCCUGCCGCUCUCUCACUCGCUCAGCCAGCAUUCAGGAGGUGGGGAGGAGCAACACCAGCAGCACCCGUCACCAUUCAAGUUCAAGCUGCAGCCGCCUCCGCUUGGGCGCAAACAGAGGGAAGCAGGGAGCUCGCUGGCCUCUUCCUCCAGCCAGUCCUCCUCAUUCACAGGGUCUGGACAGAACGCAGGGCCACCUAAGAUCAAGGUGGAGCCCAUAUCAGACAUAGAGUCAGAAGAAGAGGUGGAAGUGACUGAUAUCAGUGAGGAAGAUGAGCUCAAUCACAAUGACGAGAAACAUGAAGGUGACAUCUUCACCCCGACAGCUCGUCACCAUCAUCAUCAGCUCAACAACCAUCACCGGGCUAACGGAAACGGCAGCAGCCUCUCUGCCCCUCCUCACAGUAACCACGAUGAUGACCCUGAUGAUGAUGAGGAGGUCUUCAAGACUCCCGCCACCCCUUCCAUUGGCAGCGGCAGCCUGGCCUUCCCCCUGAUCGGCCUGAAGAGUGAGCCGGGUCACGCGGCUCCCAUCAGCCCCGGAGGCACGCGCUGUAUCCCGCUCAAACUCCGCUUCAAGCGCCGCUGGAGCGAAGACCAGAAGAUGGAGGCGGACGGCGAGAGGGAUGAGGCGGAGGACAAGAAAGUACGGGCUGAGAGAGAGGAGGAGGUGGAGGGGAAGAGAGAGGAGGCAGGCAGGAGAGUGGGGGAGGUGGAGAAUGGUGGAGGAAGAGCAGGAGGAAGUGUUAUUUUGGGGUUGAUGCUGCCACCACCUCCCACCCAGCGCAGAGCGAGCUCGGAGCUGCAGAGGGCUACAGCGCAGCUGUCUCUGGAAAACACUGGCUGCUGAGCUUCAUGUGCACACACACACUUAGACAGAAAACACACACCUCUCGGGAGUCUUGUCAACAAACUAAUAGUUUUGUGUAGACCAUAACGCCUUGUGGUUUCCUGCCAGCAGUAGUGAACGUACCGGGGUUUGGUGUGCUCAAAUGGCGACAGUGACUGAAAGGUGACUGUAAACACACUUUAAUGUUGUUCUUUGUUGUAUAUCUGAAUAUGUAGACCUGUCAUAUGUAGGAAAUGAUGUUUUUUGUGCAAUAAUUAGAAGAGUUGUUGGGCACUUUUACUGACCUCACGGCCCCACGAGCUCCUUCAAUUACUUAACAUAGAACAGAUUUUCCUACAUAGGUUUGAUCUACAUGUUCAAAAGUUAGGAAAGAACAAGAUGAAUGUGUUACCGUAAUUACCUCUCAGGAUUUGUCAACACCUUACACUUUGUACCCUCCAGUGGUCAGUACUGUCAGCAAGCAGCCACUCGACAUUAUGGCCUAAUGUAAAACCGUAAAUGAUAGAUGUGCCUGUGUAGCCUCUAACGUACUGCAAGGCAAGACUCCCUUUGUGCCCCUGGUAUCAAACAUGAACACAGUAGACGGAGUAUUUUUGCUGUGACUUACAACAUUAAGAGAUAACCAAACUCAGUCUGUAUAUUUCCUAUUUUUAACAUUAGAGCCGUACACAGAAGGAGUCUACUCUUAAUAUCUCUUAGGAAUUGCACAUUGCCUUUUCAAUGCCUCUUUGCCCUCGUGGUGCCAGUUAUGCCAUAAGUCUGCCAGGGAUCACCUCACAUCACACCUGUGCCCAGAGUAUGUCCUUUAGAGGUCUCUGUUCGUUUAUCUGGUACAAUGAAACAAAUCACAUUCACCCUAAAGAGUACAAAGCCGGCCGGAACUGUAUAGCAGUAGAUUGAAUUGAUUGAUUUCUCACCCACGCCUGGCUCACUUGAAGGUGGCGAGCCCUCCUCCUCACUCCCCCUCUCAUUUGUACUCACCAUAACAGACAGACAGAUCCUAAUGUUACUAAAAACACUUUGAACUGCCCUGAUAGAGAUUACAGAAGUGCCUCUCUGUCUGCACCCAUCACCAUUCAGCCGUUUACAAGAUGGAGGGCAGUGAGCAAAAAAAGAGAAAAACGUAGACCCUGCUCCGAUGGAUCUUACAGACUGAAGAGGGAUUUUUUUUCUUUUCAAGAGGUGAUUAGAAAGAACUCUCCAAUCACGGUCUUUUCUCCAGGAAACAAGUCGGACACUAUCAGACUGCAUCAGGGCCAGACUGAGAGGUCUCUUCAUCCUCUGCUCAUUCACUACAGUGUAUAAAGACAUGAAAUGAGCGUGGAGUUGUACAUUUUAAAGACAGUCAAACUAAGCCUGAGAAGGGGAGGGAGAUUUUGAUGAACUGACUUCGACCUCUCAACCUCCGACCUGUCACGCGGCGCGGUUAGACAUUUUGUUGGCCAGCGAAUGGUUUCCACUGUACAGAAAAACCACCUGGGUCUCCGAGGGAAGCGCCGGAUCUUUCUCUCCUUUUCUCGUCCCUUGUUGAGGAAAUGAGGAAGCAGCAACCAGCAAGGCUGUAAUUAUAGACACACUUACGUUUCCAAAUGUGUGUGUGUGUGUGUGUGUGUGUGUGCGCGCGUGUGUGUGGACCCAAAGCUGGUGUAAAAACAUGAGCCCUCGGAGGAUACAGAGGGUGUCUCAGCUUUUCGUGUCCCUGCUUGACUUCGCACAAUCUUUUGAGGGGUUUGGAGGUUUGAGGGCAUUCGUAGUGUUUUCUCCCUCAAACAUACAGAUCAACAGCUCUCUUCGGCAUUCCCCGUUGUUGUCCUUUUUUUUUCCUUUUCCAAAGACUGUAUUCUUUCUUUCAAAGGAUGCUUGUGCCUCAUAAGGACAUGGACAGUAUUUUAGGGCAUUUGCAGUGAUCUGAGGACUUUCUGUAUUUUGGAGAUAAUAGCCGAAAUCUGUUCAUGUGAUGUUUUGAGAAGCGACGAAUGAAGCGAACUGAUUUGUCUAGGCAGAGAACGGGAACCAUGUAAUGAAUGUCAAGCAUCAAGGUUAACUCAGGCAAGCCUUCACUGAGAUAUUGAGAAACAACUUAUUUUUGUGACGUUUUAUUGAUAUCGUUCAAACAAAAAAAAGACAUUUUGCCCAUUUUAACGAACAAACGAAAAUAAGAUUGUGCCUUUUUUAAGCCAACAUGAGUUUUAUCAAAUACCCCCAGCAAAAUGUUUUAUCACACUCACACAGUACCACCAUGCCUUCUGUUUUUGUAAAAGAGAGAUACAGAAUAAGUAAAUCUACACAUAUAUAUUUUAUUCGAAUAUAUAUUGAAUUCAAAUAUUAUAUUUCAAUAUGGUCAUUUGAUACAAAUCAGGAAAAUCCUACUAUUUUUAAUGGUAAAGAUAUGUAUAUAUUCUAAUGGGCAUAUUAUUACCAGUAUAAUUCAGCCUUUGCCUUCUCACUCUUGCCUUCUCUUGACCGUUGAGCUGCAGUGACAAAGGCCACCGGUAUCAGAGUUUUAUAUUUAUAUUGUAAAAAAUAAAACCUUCAGUUAUUGUGUAUUCAGGGGACGGAGGGUGUGAACGGGACGACGAUUAAACGGGCGAGCAGAAACUUUUUAACCAGACCUGAGUCAAAUCAUAUUUACCUUUUGUUAGUUUGGGUAUGUUUGUUUUAAACAUCCCUGGAGUAGUAGCCGGGUGGGGUUUGCCACCUCAGGGACACUGAGUGGAGCUCAAUCACAGAAAGGUAAAUUCAAUAGUUUUUUGUGCUAACAUUCAGACUCUGCUGACUUUGUCCCGCGUGGUAAACCCCGCCCGCCUGCAACUCUCUGACUCCGAUUUGCUUUAAAAGAAAAAACGCGGAGGCGCAGGUUGUAACGGAGAGCUGGUAACAGACUCGUGUUCAGAGUAGACUGAUUCUGAUUGGACGACAGAUACUCAGCAGGUUCUCGGCUCUGCGUCACCUCGCAAAGCCAGCAGGACCACAGCUGCUGAUACGGCUGGACUUUGCUUCCAGCGUGGACUGUGGACUCGAGCAACUUUGUGUGAACCGAGUGUGUACGGGCUGGUCUGAACCCUGCCCAUACACACACACACACACACACACACACACACACACACAUACACACGCACACACCCCAUCCUGGUUAGAGUGAGGCUUUACUGUGGCUACAAUAAAGGGAAACAUCACAUCACAUGUGACAUCAGACGCCCCCACAGUCUCUCAGGAGUAGACUGCAAACCAUAGAAACUACACACAGACACACACACACAUAUUUUCACACACACACACACACAGAGGAAAUGGCAUCACAAAACCUCAGAGCAGAGUGGAGAGAGAGGGACUUCCCAUAAUCUGACUCGCUCAUUCUGCUCGGUGUGUACGUGCACUUCUGUGUGUGAGUGAAUGUGUGGCUUCUAUGGUUAUGCCAUCCACACACACACACACACACACACACACACACACACAGCACACACAAAACAAUUCCACAUAGAAGAGAAAAGACUGAAAGACCAGAUAAAGUCUUGGCCUUUAGUCCAGGUUCUCUUGUCCAGAUCGUCCAACCAGCUCCAGUCUCGUGUGUGUGUGUGUGUAUCUUACACACGGUUGUUUUUCUUCACCAGGCACAAAAAAUAAAAACCCUAACAUCCAUCCUUUUUUAAUUGGCUCAUUAACAUGAUCAGCAUUUUACGACGAGUCAGAUGUCCUCGCCAUUUAUCGUCAGUGGACGUUUCUAAACAGUGGAAGUUAAAGGACAGAUGUAGCAGUUUAACAAGUGUGUCUGGUAAAGAGAAAUACAAACACAGCUGUACCUGAACUGUUGCACCUGUGCUGCCUUACCUGUCGUGGCUUCAAAAUCAAAAGAGAAUAACUGUUUCCCCCCCGGGUUGAUAUUUUUCACCCCUCGAUUUCACCGAUGUUCUUAUCAUUUUCUUCUGUAUUUUUCAGACAUAUUACUGUUACUCUUGUAAUUAUUAUAUUAUUAACAUGACUAUUUUUGAUUAUUUUGUACCCUCUUGCCAUGGCCCGGUCUCUUCUCCAUGAAAUUCCUGUUUUUUUUCUGUGAGUUUUUGUUCCAGUUUGAACUUCAACUAGUUGGCUUCAGUGCAGUCUUUUUUUUUUCCUUUUUUUUUUUUUUUUGUCUUUUUAAACUCACACUGAUUUUAUAACCAUGUUACCAUGGACAAGAGGAGGGUCACAUAAUCCCCACGAUAUACAGCAGGGGAAGAAACAAUUGUUUUCACUUUUUGAUGUUGUGUAUAUAUAUUUUUUUUCCAUUUUGGAGGAUUCUGUAAGAAAAAGAGCUUUGUACUGUUUAACCAUUGUAUUAUUUGAAAUGCCUCCCCCUGUCCUCUCUCUGGUCCCCUCUGUCUCUCCUCUCUCGUCCACCUCGACGGUGAGCUGUCACUCCAGAGGAGAGACAGAGACUUUUGUUUUUAUCAUGGAGGAACCACCUGUACUUCUGUUUCUCUUCUAUCUGUUCAUCUUCAUUUGUAAUUAAACAAUAAUCAGGGUUCAUUAAAAAAGGUAAAAAUGGA